AUGCUCAAUUUACCUUUCGACAAAUGGAGUUUAAAGUUUUACGAUCCAGAAUUCGAAUCUCAAUAUGAGGAUCACUUAAAUAAAAUUAGAUUGGUAUCCUUUCGUAUACUAAACCUUACUAUAAGUAUUGCUGCAUUUAUAUGCCUUUUAACUUUUAUCAUUCAAUAAUAAUCUCAACUAUUGUUUUUACUAAUGACAUUUACAUUAGGGGGAUGUGUCUUUUUAUUAAUUAUCAGCAGAAAAAUCUUACCUUAUUUAAAAUCAGUAUUUUCAUUUUACUACAUAUGGGCAAUAACAACUAACAUUCUUAUUGCCUUUGCUGGCUUUUAAAUGUAAAGUUACAUCUAUAAUUUAGACCUAAUUUUAUAUUUGGCUUCAAUACAUGUACUUUAGCAAUUGGUACAAUGUAAUAUAGUGAUAAUAGGCUUAAAGUAGUAUAUACUAUAAUUACUCCAUUUGUAUUAUUAGGGGUAUUUGAUGUAUAUAGAGCUGAUACUUUAGCUUUUGUUUUUUAGACUGUCUCAUGUACUACUUUUAUUGGAAUUUGGGGAUAUAUGAAUGAGUAUACAUCUAGACUUGCUUUUUCUCUAAAUCUAAUUUCAAAUAAACAAAAGUAUGUAUACAAUUGUAAUUAAGAAAUUUGAUCAAUGAAUUUGUAAAUGAUGGCAUGUUUGCUUUAAGUUUAGAUAAAAGAAGUAGAUAAUUUAUUUUAGAAUUUUAGAAUAACAGAUUCAUGGAAUUAAUGAAUAUUAAAGAAACAGAAGAAAUUAAAACAUUUUUAAGAUCUACCUUUAUUAUUGUGAAAUCAGGUGAAAGUUAAACUAAAUUAAGAGAUAAAAACUAAACAAAAAUUAUAAAUUUAGAAGAUGUUUUUUUCUAAAGAAUGUAGAGUUUUGAAAAAUCUUUAAAUUAAAUAGAUUAAUAAGAUAGUAAUUUAGAAAUUUAUUAACAUGAUUUGAUUAAAAAUGAAACCAUUAAAAUGUGCUUACAAUUAAGAUUUCUAAAUUUCGGUAAACCAAUUAUUAUUGCCAUUAUAAAAUCAGAAUAAGUACCUAAUUUAAUUCAUAAAUAUGAAAGCUAAAUCAAAGAAUAUCAAUAACUUAUUAUAAAUAUGUCUAAUAAAAUAAUUAAGAAAUAAUCACUUCUUUAUGGAGAAAUGAAAAAAAUAAAACUUGAAAACUUAAUAGUAUAAUAAAAAUUAAUUUAAAUAGAAUGCCUUAAUUUAUCUAUCAUUAAUUAUAUUCGAAACUAUAUGUUGUUUUUUUUAAAAAAUAAAAUUUUUGAUAUGAAAUUGAAUCUAUAAGCUUGUAAAUUUGAUAAUUAUAUAGCAAUUAUUAAUCAAUACUUUCAAGCAAUAUCUACUCAUUAUUCUAUUUAAUUUAAACUUCAAAAUUACAUUGAUCGAAACUGUACUUUUAAUAUAAAUAUUAAAUAUCUAACUUAGAUCUUAAUUAAUAUAUUUGAUGAAUUGAUUAAAAAUACUAGUGAAAAUAAUCUUAUUAGUUUGAGAAUAAUUGAGGAAUUUUAACAAAAUAAUAAUGAAAAAUAAUAAAAAAUCUAAAGAAUUUAAAAUAAUAAAUCAAUAGCAUAAAUUAAGUUGGUUCAAUUCACAUUCAUUUUUUCUAGUAAUGAAUACCUUAAUUUAAGAAAUCUUACUUUUAAUAAGAAUUUUACUAAUAAUGAUUAAUAAUAUGAUAUCUUUGAAGAUGGUUCAAUCAUUUCAGAAAUUACUAGCUUGCUUUUAGAUAAUAUAGGUCCAAAUAAUAACAUAUAGAUUAAUCAAUAUCAAACAGCUUAAAUGCCUUCAUAUUAGAAUACUAUUUCGUUCUUAAUAUAUUCUGAUUAAUCCUAAUUAGAACCAUCUUAUUUAAAGGUUAGAGAAAAACCUUUAUUUAAUUGA